AUGUUUUAAAAUUGGUUAAUAUCUCGGUUCAAUAAAUUUAGUUUAAAUUUCAUAUUAAGGAUUGCCUAAAGUAAUUAUUAAAUUAUAAAUGAUGGUUGUGGUUAACAUCGAAUUGAUUUGAUACGAGCUGAACAUAUUCCAUUAUGAAAUACUGUAUAUUAUUUUUCAGCCAAAUUAAAUGGUCAUACUCAUACAAUCUAGUCAGUUUGCUUCUCACCUGAUGGUACCUAAUUGGGAUCAGCAGAUGGUCAUGAAAUAUCACAAAAUUCAGCAAAUAACUCUAUCCGUUUAUGGGAUAUUAAGACAGGAUAAGAUAAAACUAUAUUGUAUGGUCAUCGUGGAACUGUCUACUCACUAUGCUUCUCUCCUGAUAAUACUAUGAUAGCAUCUGGUGGUUAUGAUAAAUCUAUCAUUGUAUGGGAUGCAAAGACAGGAAGGUAAAAAGCCGAAUUUUAUGGUCAUUGUGAAAUUAUCUAUUCAAUAUGCUUCUCUAAUGAUUGCAAUAUAUUAGCAUCUGGAGGUAAUGAUUAUUCCAUCUGUUAAUGGGAUGUUAAGACAGGAUUAUAGAAUGAAAAAUUGGAUGGUCAUUCUGGUUAUGUCUACUCAGCAUGCUUCUCUCCUGAUGGAGCAACAUUAGCAUCUGGGGGUGUGGAGAAAACUAUCCGUUUAUGGGAUAUUCAGACAGGAUAAUAAAAAGUCGAAUUGUGUGGUCAUUCAUAUGGAAUCUUAUCAGUAUGCUUUUCUCCUGAUGGUACUUAAAUUGCAUCUGGUAGUUGGGACUAGUCCAUCCGUUUAUGGGAUGUUAAGACAGGGAAAUAAAAAGCUAAAUUGGAUGGUCAUGUUGAUUUUGUUUUAUCAGUAUGCUUCUCUCCUGAUGGUGAAACAUUAUCAUCUGGUAGUAGAGAUGAAUCUAUCCGCUUAUGGAAUGUUAAGGCAGGAGAAUAAAAAGCCAAAUUAAAUGGUCAUACUCAUUGGGUUAAUUCAGUAUGCUUCUCUCCUGAUAACAUUACAUUAGCAUCUGGUAGUAUGGAUAAAUCCAUUCGUUUAUGG